AUGAUUAUAACUAAUUCUAACUCUAGCUAUAACUCUUAUUCUAACACUAGCUAUGACUCUUAUUCUAACACUAGCUAUGGCUCUAAUUCUAACACUAGCUAUGACUCUAAUUCUAACACUAGCUAUGACUCUUAUUCUAACACUAGCUAUGGCUCUAAUUCUAACACUAGCUAUGACUCUUAUUCUAACACUAGCUAUGACUCUAAUUCUAACACUAGCUAUGACUCUUAUUCUAACACUAGCUAUGACUCUUAUUCUAACACUAGCUAUGACUCUUAUUCUAACACUAGCUAUGACUCUUAUUCUAACACUAGCUAUGACUCUUAUUCUAACACUAGCUAUGACUCUUAUUCUAACACUAGCUAUGACUCUAAUUCUAACACUAGCUAUGACUCUUAUUCUAACACUAGCUAUGACUCUAAUUCUAACACUAGCUAUGACUCUGAUCCGGAUUUUGCUAUUGCUUCUUCCGGGGUACCCGGAGAUUACUCUUCUUGUUACCAUCAGAAGAGUAAUCCCCGGACUGCAGAUGCUGUGAUUACACCGGCAACUGUCAGCCAUUUUCUUGUCCCAUUUCCAACCUCUUCAGGUUCUGUGGGUGGCUGUGGCUGUGGCUGUGGUUGUGGUUGUGGGU